GUCCAUAGACGCACGCUCUUCUUCCGAAGAGAUGACGCAGAAUCCACGGAAGUGAGGGGCGCCAGAUUGAAGCGCAUCGAGAAUGAGUUGCGUGGGCGCCAUGUCUCUGCGGCAGGGUUUCGCUGCCACUCAGAGAGCGGUCGGAUUUCCUGCAUCUUCUUCCCCGAAGGCCGCCAGUGCUCUGGCUGCCUCUGCUUCCUCGUCUCUUUGGGGCGACGGAAAAUGGUCGGGAGCCGCGAGAGCAAAUUUUCGUGGUGUUUGUUUCGCGAGGGGAAGAUAUGGUGCAUGCCGAGCGAAUUCCGCGAGAGAGGUUUCCACGGGCCCGAGCAUUGUCACGCAGAAGCAAGGCGCACAGGAGAAGGGCAACAAAAAGAAAGACGAGGCCCUGCAGUCGGAGCUGCGGCUGUAUAACACCAUGACUAGGCAGAAGGAGAUUUUCCGGCCCAUCGUUCCUGGUAAAGUGAGCAUGUAUGUCUGUGGCGUUACGUCGUACGAUUUCAGUCACAUCGGUCACGCCCGAGUUUAUGUGGCAUUCGACGUUUUGUACAGAUAUUUGAAGAAUUUGGGGUAUGACGUGACUUAUGUGCGAAAUUUUACGGACAUUGAUGAUAAGAUUAUAAAUAGAGCUAAGGAAACAGGAGAGGACCCUAUAAGCUUAAGUGCUCGGUUCUGUGACGAAUUCCAUGUUGAUAUGGCAGCACUGCGAUGCCUCCCUCCUACUUUAGAACCUAAGGUUUCUGGGCACAUCAGACAGAUAGUUGAGAUGAUAAAGAAGAUUAUUGAAAACGGACACGCUUAUGCUAUCGAGGGUGGGGAUGUCUAUUUCUCAGUUGAAAGCUUUCCAGCUUACGGCCAGCUGUCCGGGCGUUCUCAAGAUGAGAAUCGUGCUGGUGAGCGUGUCACUGUAGAUUCUCGAAAGCGCAAUGCAGCAGACUUUGCCCUCUGGAAGAGUGCAAAGCCUGGAGAGAUUUCGUGGCAGAGUCCGUGGGGUCCUGGCCGGCCCGGGUGGCAUAUUGAGUGCAGUGCCAUGAGCGCAGAGCAUUUAGGACAUUCUUUUGAUAUCCACGGUGGAGGACUGGACUUAGUUUUUCCGCAUCAUGAGAACGAGAUUGCUCAGAGCUGUGCAGCAUGUGCUGACAGCAGUAUUCGGUACUGGAUACACAAUGGAUUCGUGACCAUUGAUGCUGAGAAAAUGUCCAAAUCUCUUGGGAACUUUUUCACCAUUCGAGAGGUAUUGGAGCAGUUCUCCCCGCUUGCACUUCGCUGGUUUCUUAUUGGAACACAAUAUCGAAGUCCGGUUAAUUACUCGAAGCGACAACUGGAAGUUGCUUCAGACAGGAUAUAUUACCUGUAUCAAACCUUAGCAGACUGCAUGCAACUUUUGAGCGAAAGUUCUCCAGAUUCUCAACCUGCUUCGAAGGAAGUAACCGAAUGUGUGAAGGGAAUGAAAACUGCAUUUUUCACAGCAAUGUCAGAUGAUCUGCUGACUCCAGUUGCGGUGGCAGCUUUUUCUGAGCCUCUCAAGCUGAUGAAUGACCUAAUGCAUACCAAAAAGGGGCGCAAAGACAAGUCUCGAAUAGCAUCGUUGAGACUGAUGGUGAAUGAGUUUCAGAGUUUAUUGGAAGUGUUAGGACUUUCAGUGUCCAGCUACGAUGAGGUCUUGCAGGAUAUAAAGCGACUAGCCUUGAAACGGGCAGGUCUGACUGAAGAAGAUUUGAUGGCCCAAGUUCAGGAGAGAGCAGGUGCGCGAGCUGCAAAAGACUGGGAGCGUUCCGAUGUCAUUCGCCAAAAUCUCGUCGCGCUAGGAAUAAACCUUAUGGAUGGGGGUGAUGGCACGCAAUGGCGCCCGGCCGCUGUCGGAGAAGACGAGAGCGUUUUAGUGAAGUAGGCAGCCUGGGCCAUCUGUAUGAUCUGUACGAUCUGUUCGCCACUCAUCAUUCUUAUAUUGAUAUCGUCUCCAAACUCACUACUGCUCUGAUGCUGCGAUAUCUGGAUGUUGCUGUCUUUGCGCCACUGUCUGAUUCUGUCCCCGGCCAGGCCAAGGGGGCGCCAUGGAUUCCAUUGUCUGAAGGUUUUGCCACCACCGGUCAGUCCAGCUUAGCUCAGAUCGCAGUCGCUUUUCACCGUAAAGAAACCUGAUGGUCCGAAAGUAUGUAUGGCGUGAGGGAUCAGGCAUGGGAGAAGUCGGUUUCUCUCAGGUGGCAUUAUGGCAGCGAGAUGCGAAAAGAAGAAUUCCCCGUCUUUUGCCAUGUUCAAUGGCCGAAAGGAAAAGGCAGGCUCGUCUCGAGGAGAGCCAUCUCCCUCGCUCCCUUUCUCUCUCGCGUUAUCCAAUGAAUCUCAUCUGCAGACGAUGCAGCCCAUGCCGCGUUAUGAUUAUAUUAUCAUCGGUCGAUGAGAUAUAUUCCGCACUGUCACUCGCAGCCUUGCCCUCACCUCACCUCGUCCCGGCGGACUUCGUUCCCCCCACCAGGGGGGACGUGAGUUUCAUGAGCAUGUUGCCAAAAGCUAUCCUGCAGCCGUUGGAUGAUAUGGCCAGUCCUGCUUUUGUUUCCCCUGACGCCAAAGCUGCGACAGCCCGCGUGCCGUCGCCCGUCCUGUCCUGUCCCGUGCCCUGUCCCGACCCGACCCGU